GAUUCGCUCCGGUCCGUCAGCGGCUCUCAAACACACCGAAGUCCUUCAGCCGGGGCAGACGCGCAGAAUGGCGGCCAAGAAACUCUGCAUUAUCGGGUCCGGCAACUGGGGUUCUGCCAUUGCCAAGAUAGUGGGUGCCAAUGCAGCAAAAUACAACACGUUUGACAGCACGGUGAACAUGUGGGUGUUUGAGGAGAUGAUCGACGGACGCAAACUUACCGAAAUCAUCAACACCGAACACGAGAACGUCAAAUACCUGCCCGGACACAAGCUGCCACCCAAUGUGGUUGCGGUUCCAGAGCUGUUGGACGCAGUCAGGGGCGCAGAUAUCCUUAUCUUUGUCAUCCCACACCAGUUUGUGUCCCGAAUCUGUGACACCAUCAAGGGUCACAUCAAGACAGACGCUGUGGGAAUGUCCCUCAUUAAGGGUGUGGAUGAGGGUCCUGACGGACUGAAACUGAUCUCUGAUGUCAUUAGGGAAAAGCUAGGCAUCACCAUGACCGUGCUGAUGGGAGCCAAUCUGGCCAAUGAGGUCGCUGAGGAGAAAUUCUGUGAAACUACCAUCGGGUGUAAAAGCAAAGCUCACGGGCCCCUGCUGAAGGAACUGAUGCAAACACAGAACUUCCGUGUGACGGUGGUGGAGGAGGCUGAUGUUGUGGAGAUCUGUGGAGCGUUAAAGAACAUUGUAGCUGUGGGCGCUGGUUUCUGUGACGGUCUGGACUUCGGUGACAACACCAAGGCCGCUGUGAUCCGCCUGGGUUUGAUGGAGAUGAUUGCCUUCGCUCGGUUGUUCUGCACAGCCAGUCCGGUUUCUCCCGCCACGUUUCUGGAGAGCUGCGGCGUCGCCGACCUCAUCACCACCUGCUACGGGGGACGCAACCGCAAAAUCGGAGCAGCGUUCGCUAAAACGGGAAAAUCUAUCGAGGAGCUUGAGAAGGAAAUGCUGAACGGACAGAAACUUCAAGGUCCGGCAACCGCAGCAGAAGUUCAUCGGAUCCUCAAACACAAAAACCUAGUGGAAAAGUUUCCCCUGUUUAAUGCGGUUUAUCAGAUCUGUUACCACAGUCAUCCGGUCAAAGAGUUCAUCACCUGCCUACAGAAUCAUCCAGAACACAUGUAAAUCUCCAUUAUGGCUGUUUUAGUUGUGUCUUAACACCAAAAGAGUGUCUAAAUGUUGUAAAUUAUCAGUAGAUAACAUUUUAUUUUGGGUAAAAAGCAUUGUAAAGGAAGUUUGUCCUGUUUUAAAGUCCUACACUCUCGCAAAGUA